AUGUCGGACUUCAGUCAGGCAUUAGAGGAAGCAAAGAGGGCAUUGGGGAUUGAUGUUAAAUUGAAAGAAAAGCAAACAGAGUCGCUAAGAAAGAUAUCUUUACAUAGGAAAGGACUUUAUAACUGUUUACCAAUUGGAUAUCAUAAGAGUCUUAUCUACCAGCUGCUGCCAUGGAUGUUUCAAAUGAAGCAUGACCAGGAGACACCUAUGAUUGUUUUGGUGAUUUCCCCACUCACUUCACUGAUGGGGGAUCUGGUCAUGGAGUUACAGGAGAAAGGUGUCUCUACAUGCUUCUUGAACAUCCAUGGCAGUAGUGGUAGAUACACUCAGAUGACUGCCUCUGUAGACGAUGACAGCGACCCACUCGAGGAAGAUGUGUAUCUUUUGAAGGGUGUUAGUCUAAACGAG